GGACCAAUUAACUCAUCGAUCGAGAGUUUGUACAUCAACUAGGCAUGAAGAAUGCGAUGAAUGAAUCCAAAAUCUAACACACCAGUCUCGUCUCUAAUCUACUCUGCUCGAAAGCUGCAGAAGCUGGGCUCUUGUCGAGGCAAGAAUCACCUGCCAGAGAGAGAGAGACGCUCCAUCUUGCGAUUGUUUACUUAGUGGUAGACUUACCCCCAGCUCCUUCAGCGAGUCCUUCCAGUUCCCCGGCAAUGUGCCUAUCACCCAUAUAAGCAAAUAUUUGGUUCAUUUGUCCCGCGCCUUAUCACCUUUCUGUGCCUUUUCUAGUAUGUCGAUGGCGGCCUGGAUGCGCUUCAUGCCUGCGUGCGCCACUGGCCAACGAAUUCGUACGUGAGGUGCAAAUAAGAGCCCUGUACAUGUGCAAUUCCGUUGUUGAUCUUCUCACGUUUGAGCAUGGAGUGAUAGUGUUUGUGCUGCGAAUUGCGAAGCCUCUUGGCAUAUUUGACCAUCUCAUCGGGCUCCUUCCCUGACUUGGCCCUGCACACAGGGACCACCAGACGCACCAUUUGUUGACGUGUCCUUGGUACGGAGAUCUUUCCUGUACCGCGCCAUAGUUGAGUCAUAAAACGCCUUUGAGCUGUGCUCCAUCCGGUUGGCGUCACCUGCAACGCAUACAGCCCGAAAAAGGCCUAUGUCUGCCCGUCCCCUGUGCCCCACCGAUGUGUUUCUUGAAGCGUAGGAGGAAGUCCCUAAGGAAAGAUAUAAAGAUGGGGAUCUGCGCGGGGUCCUUGAAGUCAUCGACGCUCAGCGGCACCCCUCCUUUGUCGUCGGUGUGGGGAGGCCCUGCCCUCAUGUGCUGGACCAAGUUGAGCCGGGGAAGGCCCCAUGAGAGGGCGCCCUUGAGCGACGAAUCGAAGCCUGAUGAUGACAGGAGCGCGGAGUGGAGAGAUCAAACCAUUCAUGGUUUCUGCACACCUGCAAGGUCGUCUUUGAGCUGAUUCUCGACUUGCAGGAGCUCUUCACUCAUGUGUUCGGCGCCAUCUAUCGCCUGCAAGAAGCACAGAGAGAUCUGCCGGGUGGCGCCACGAACUGUCGUAUCUGUUGAAGUUGCUGUGUGCCGAACACACAC